UAUGAAGUCUCAAAUCAACAUGGUCUGGAAAUGGUGAUAGUGAAUCCAGGUUUCAUUUAUUUAUGGUGAGCACUUUUAGAGUUUGAAAUUUUUCAGUUUUUCGAAAAAAAUCAGAUGGCAGAAAAUGUAUUGAACAUUUAAAUAUCAAGCGAUUGCCCCUUUAAAUCAACCUAGCUUAUCAAUUGGCUUAAACUGUUUUAAGUCCAGUGGUUAUAUUUAUUAGCGGACUUAUUUUAGGAUAAGCUUCUAUUUAAACAUACCAUUGAUUGCACAGUCUUUUUUAUACAUGCUGAUAAACCACUGGGAUCUGUCUUAAUAACAAGCUCACUCCGAUCUGAUUGGCUGCCUGGGCUCUACAGGGGUCAACUAUUGAGUUUAACCUCAGAAUCGAAGCUUCUCAUACUUAGGGAAGCAAAUAAAAGAAAUUUCACUUCAAUAGGUAGCAAAUAUGUAUAUGGUUGCUAUAUUUUCACUUAGCAUUCUAGCUAUAUGUUGCAUGAGUGGAAUGCUUGAUGUUCAUGCGGCGUUAAAUGUAACGAUUCUUCACACCAAUGACAUCCAUGCUCGGAUGGAGCAAUUCGGCAAAUAUGGAAGUCCAUGUAAACCUGAGGAAUUAGCCAAUAAUCAAUGUUAUGGCGGUGUUGCAAGAAGAUUUACAAAAAUAAAAGAGAUACGUCAAAUGGAGGAAAACGUUCUCUUGUUGGAUGCUGGAGACCAGUUUCUGGGGACAGUUUGGUUUCACGCAUUUGAUGGUCUCGCCAACGCACAGUUCAUGAAUAUGAUGGCAUACGAUGCAAUGAGUCUGGGCAACCAUGAAUUCGACAUCGACAUAGAUGGCUUGGUUGAUUUUCUUGACAAUACCACAUUCCCCGUGUUGGCGUGCAAUGUAGAUGACAGCGAGGAACCAAGAAUGCAAGGGAAGUUUAAGAAAAGCACAGUUAUUGAAGUCCAAGGGCAGAAGAUAGGAAUUAUCGGCUAUCUCAUAUCGUCAAUGCCGGAGCUUUCUAUAAAACUAGGAAAAUUAAAAUUCCUUGAAGAAGUCCCUUCAAUACAAGCAGAAGUAACACGACUGGAAGCCGAAGGAAUAAAUAAGUUUAUAGCAGUAGGACACUCCGGUUGGGAAAAAGAUCUCGAGAUUGCGGAGAAAGUUACGGGAAUCGAUAUUGUUGUUGGAGGACACACCAAUACAUUUUUUCGAAGGGCCAUAUCCGACCAUAGUGACACAGGACUCGGGAGCUAAAGUUCUGGCUGUGCAGGAUUAUCAUUAUGGAAAAUACCUGGGCUACUUAAAGGUCUCAUUUGACGACAAUGGAGUUGUGACAUCAUGGGGUGGAAACCCAAUAUACCUAAAUGGGUCCAUUGCUGAAGAUCCUACCAUGAUCCAAAAGAUGGCGCCAUAUGUUGAAAAGUUGGUUGCAUUCAAGAACACAAAAGUUGGUUUUUCAAAUGUUUUACUAGACGGACACUGGUCUCGUUGUAGGUAUGUUAUCUUUUAGGUAUGCUGAAUGCAGUCUCGGGGAUUUUUAUACAGAUGCACUCGUUGACAAAAACGUCCUCUCUCCAACUGACAGCUCGUGGAAUAACGUCUCCCUGGCAGUCCUUAACUGUGGUGACAUCAGAAGUUCAAUUAAUCCUGGAGGUAAGAUGGUUUUCAUUAUUUGAUUUAUUCAAUGAUGUUCUAAUAAAAAAUCAUUUUGUUUCAUAUUGUAAGAUUGAUAAGAAGUUUGUGUUUAUAAUAUUCACCUGAUGUGCUGAAAAUAUAAAGAAAAGUAAACUGAUAACCAUUAUUUAUAUUCUGCUCAAGAAAUCUAUAUGGGAUAUGUUUGAACAUCCGUGAUAAUAAAAUACAUCCGAAAAAUGUCACCUGUCACUGCUGGGCUUCAUUCUCGUAUUACUAUAACUAACUCAACUGCUGAUGGAACGGGUGAAACAGGAACACCCUGUACAUCUUCCGCUGAAUCAAUCUUGGGACAUUCAGUAUAUUGUAUUUAAAUGUUGAACCAAUUAAAUCAAAAGAGGAUCGUCUUUUCUGAUAUUUAUGUCAUGAAAGUAUUAUUGAACAAGGGGUCUAGAACUUAUACAAAAUGAUGCUUAUUUUUUUUUAUUAUUAUCUAUUUAUGCUUUCUGAAGAGUACAUGUAUUUA